CACCAAUCAGAAGCUACUAUGGCGGAUAAUGUCACACAUAUUUCCCGAGAGGACCUGGAUGAUCUCAGAGAGGCCUUUAAUAAAAUUGACAUCGAUAACAGCGGCUACGUUAGCGACUUUGAGCUCCAGGAGCUGUUCAGGGAGGCCAGCUUCUCUCUGCCCGGCUACAGGGUGCGAGAGAUCAUCGAGACCUUCAUCGCCGGAGAUACCAACAAGGACGAGAAGAUCAGCUUCGAGGAAUUUGUGUCUAUCUAUCAGGAGCUGAAGAGCAAGGAGUUCAGCGAGACGUUCAGGAAGAGCAUCGCAAGGAGAGAUGGGAUCCGUUCCUUCGGAGGCAUGUCGGGGAACUCCAGCGAGGGGACACAGCACUCCUACUCUGACGAGGAGAAGGUGGCUUUUGUCAACUGGAUCAACAAAGCCUUGGCGAAGGAUCCAGACUGCCAACAUCUGCUGCCCAUGGACCCUGACGAUGACAGCCUCUUCAAGUCUGUCUGUGAUGGCAUCCUGUUAUGCAAGAUGAUCAACCAGUCUCAGCCUGACACCAUUGACGAAAGGGUCAUCAACACUAAGAAACUCACCACCUUCAAAAUGACAGAGAACCUGGUCCUGGCACUGAACUCAGCCUCAGCGAUCGGCUGUAUGGUGGUGAGCAUCGACGCCCAUGAUCUGAUGGCUGGGAAACCACAUCUGGUCCUGGGACUGCUGUGGCAGAUUAUCAAGGUCGGCCUCUUUGCUGAUAUAGAAAUCAGCAAGAACGAAGGUCUGAUUAGCCUCCUGACAGACGGGGAACGCCUGGACCAUCUGUUGUCUCUGUCCCCUGAAGAGAUGCUGCUCCGCUGGGUCAACUAUCACCUGGAGAAAGCAGGAACAAAGACCAUCAGCAACUUCAGCGAAGACAUUAAGGACUCGCGAGCCUACUUCCACCUCUUGGACCAGAUCGCUCUUCACGGAGAGAACGACUACGGCAUGAGCGUCAAAAUCGACAUGAGCGGCCUCAACGAGCACGAUUUGGACGACAGGGCCGAGCUGAUGCUGCAGCAGGCGGCCCGGCUGGACUGCAGACAGUUUGUCUCUCCUCAUGACGUCACAUCUGGAAACAGCAAACUCAACCUGGCCUUUGUAGCCAACCUGUUCAACAUGCAUCCUGCCCUGCAGAGGGUCCACAUCAACGGCGUGGAGGGUGCACACAUAGAGGGUGAGUCCAAAGAAGAGAAGACAUUUCGAAACUGGAUGAACUCUCUGGGUGUGUCUCCAUAUGUCAACCACCUGUACAGUGACCUGUGUGAUGGUUUGGUGAUCCUGCAGCUUUUUGAGAAGAUUAAUGUGAAUGUGACAUGGAAGAAAGUCAACCAUCCGCCUUAUCCUGUCCUGGGAGCCAACAUGAAGAAGCUGGAGAACUGUAAUUAUGCUGUGGAGCUGGGCAGAGAUGUCGCUCACUUCUCUCUUGUCGGCAUUGGGGGAGAAAACUUGAACGAGGGGAGUCAGAUCCACACCCUGGCACUGGUCUGGCAGCUGAUGAGGAGGUACACAGUGAGGGUUUUGUCCGAUCUGGGUGAUGGAGAGAAGGUUGGAGAUCACGUCAUCCUCAACUGGGUCAACACCACCUUGAGCCAGAAAAACAAGGACACGCAAAUCGGCAGCUUUAAGGACAACUGCAUCAGCACCAGUCUGCCAGUGAUUGAUCUGAUCGACGCCAUCGCUCCCGGUACCGUCAGGUGGGACAUGGUGAAGAGAGGCGAGAGAGGAGUGCUGAAGGAUGCCGAUAAACUCAACAACGCCAAGUACGCAAUCUCAUUGGCUCGUAAGAUCGGAGCUCGUGUCUAUGCACUGCCGGACGAUUUGGUGGAAGUGAAUCCCAAAAUGGUGCUGACGCUGUUUGCCAACCUCAUGGGUCACGGUUUGAAAAAGGUCAACCAGUGA